AUGGCCAUAGACACCCUGCAAGUUCUUUUCCAAUACGCUGAACAACACCCGUUCGUCGCCGCUCUGGUCUCAGCUACAAUCAUAACCACUCUUGCAAUGUCACCCGGCCGCAUCUUGGGAAUCUCGAAAAGAAAAUACUAUCAUUCUCCGAAAACUCUGGACGUCAGGUUCAAAGAUGGCCGAACCACAUCAUUCGCCGACUUAUGUAAGUCGGUGGUUCCAACAUGUCGACUCAACCCGGCCUUGUUCAACGGUCAUCUCCAAACCAUCUGGACCGUUUUCAAAAAGGAACAUAUCCCCAUCUACUACAAGAGGCACAUAUUAGAGAACGAUGAUGCUACCUACAUGGGCCAGUUCUCCGUCGAUUUCGUCACCACUCCAUACGAGGGAUCGGACCCAAGACUGCCUCCUAGAACCACAUACUACACGGAAGAGGAGUUUUCAAAGAUCGGAUCCCUCGAUACUCGUCCCAUGCUAGUGAUGCUCCAUGGUCUAAAGGGUGGUUCUCAUGAAAUCUACAUCCGACAUGUCCUCGCCCCGUUGAUCGGGGAUGGAGGCUGGGAAGCAUGUGUGGUGAAUUCACGGGGCUGCUCAAACAGUAAAAUCACGACCAGUGUGCUCUACAAUGCCCGGGCAACUUGGGAUAUCAGGCAUACUGUCAAAUGGCUGAGGAAGACAUAUCCUAACCGUCCGCUAUUUGGCAUAGGCUUCUCACUUGGGGCCAACAUUAUCACAAAUUACAUCGCUGAGGAAGGCAUCAAUUGCGUCUUCAAAGCUGCAUUCAUCAUGUCCAACCCUUGGGACCUUCAGGCAAGCAGCCUUGCCUUGCAGAGAACGUGGUUUAACCGGAAUGUGUACUCCAAAGCGCUGGGGUCAAGUAUGAAGGCUCUCUUUGAAGACCACGCUGAGCAGGUCCUUAAGAAUCCCAACAUCAAUGCCGAACUUGUGCGCGGCAGUAAGCAUCUAUAUGAGUUUGACCGGCAUGUUCAAGGCCCAACAUGGGGCUAUCCAACCGAAGGUGCGUACUACCGAGAUGCAUCUUCGGUGGACUCCUUGCUGGCCAUACGAAUCCCGUUCCUUGCUCUCCAUGCAGAAGACGACCCGGUGACCGCGGCAGAAGCGCUGCCACGGCAAGAGGUCCAAACAACGCCAUAUGGUGUGCUCUGCACCACCGAAAGCGGUGGGCACUUGGCCUGGUAUGAGUUCGGAGGAUCAAGAUGGUUCUCCAAAGUGACCACUGCGUUCUUUCAGAAACUGGCCAGGGAGGUCGAUCUUGAAUCCUUUCCUCCGCUCCAAGGCUUUGAGAAUGCCGACCUCGAGGGCCGAAUCUCGCGACCUCAACGGGAACCGUUGCGGCCGGUCUUCCAACCCAUGAGGAGGAAAAUGCACAUUCCCACAGCAUAG